GGAAAGUAUAUAUUCAAUUUCUAAGGAGUCUACGGAGAGAAUAGACCGUAUUUUAUUUUCGAACGAAGAAAUUACGUAGGGUUGUGCGAGGGGAGGGGGGAAGAAGGAAAAGAAAAAAUUAAAGAAAACGAAGAGAAAGACGAUUUCGAAGACGAAGAGAAAGGGAUACUUUUCUUUCUUUCUUUUUUUCUUUUUCUUUUAUUUUUUUUCCAUUGCUGAUUAAGAUAAGCAAGAACAACAAACACACAACUAUCACAAUGUUGGCCGCUUUCUUUCGCGGUGCAUUUAUCAUCGGCAUUCUCGCUUGGUACAGCAUCAGCGUUUGGAAAAUGAUCGACGGUUAUUUUAGAGAUCAAUUUGCCAGUUACCUGCACGAGGAAUAUCGAAAAAAUCCACAUAUGAAGGCGGCCCAUAUGAAGGAUGCUGUCAAUGAGGUUGGUAAGAACGAUGCCGUACAUACCGACGGGGAAGUUCCGUCAAAUAGAAUCGACGAACUCGUCAAAGCCGAGAGUUGUCCGGUCGAUAAGGUAGAUGACGAUAAAAUAUUGAAAUCUUGCAAUAUCUCAGAGAAAAUUUUGAAAGUUGAUCGACCGAACGAUUCCCUUGAAAAAGAAAUCUUAGUGAAAAUUUCAACGGAGAAGGAAUUGAAUAAUGACGACGACGACGACGACGACGACGACAAAGAUAAAGACGAACGUCAAACGAUGAAAAGUAUUGAGAAAAUGGCGGACGAGGAGAAGAGGCUGAAAAAAAAAGAAUUUCCUUCGAGUAAGGAAUUUGAAGAAGAAAUUGAGAAAAAGAAGAAGAAGAAGAAGAAGGAAGAUGAGAAGGAGAAGGAGAAGGGGAGAGAGAGGGAGAGGGAGAAGAAGAAAAAGGAGGAGGAAGAAAAAACGAAAAAGCAGACGAAGAAACGAGUAAAAACGAUCACCCUUAACGAAGAAGAUUUUCUAAGCGUCAAAAAUAGACGAGGUACGAUCGGACGUGACGAAGAUUUUUGGGAAUUCGAGGAGGACGAGGAGAAGCAAAAGAUUGAGGAUGAAGAAGUUGGUAUACUGAUCUCCGAUCUACCAUUCAAGCCUAAACUCGACAUCGGUCGUUUGGAAAGAAUUACGCCCGAUGAAUAUUGCCCUUUGACCUUGGACGACGAACUUUCCUGCAGGGAGACCACCAAGUGGCCCUAAGCAUAUAAUCAUCCAUGAAAUUUUUAUCGGAAAUUUAUCUGUUAUAAAAAAAAAGAAAAAAAAAAAAAUGGAAAAGAAAAAUAGAAAAAAAAAAUAUAUAUAUAUAUACACACACAUAUAUAUUUAU